CUCUCACAAACGCGCAUACACUGCCCGUGCCCUCAUUUACGUUUAUGUUCUCGGUGCAAAUGUGUUAAAGAGAGAGGAUCUGUAAUUUAAUGUGACUCGAAAGGACGAAUCGAGCUCAGUAGAUAUCAUUUGCUUUCGUAACUUCAACCCAGCCGGAGAAAGUGACGCCGGUGCGGGACAGCGCCUCAUCACGCGAGAGCUCGGCAGCAUCACUGCAGCGGCACAGGUACAUCCACGCAGACUCGUCACGCGCACACAGGCCGAAACUGAGUGCGCCGUGGAUUUACAUACAAUGAUAGACGCGCGUGCAAGCGGAGAAAACUGAAAUAGUCUUUCUGCUUUCCUCAUGAGGUGUGCAGAUAUGGUUCUUAAGGGCUUGAUCUUGUUGAUGCUGCUGGUACAGUUCUCCUUAGAAGAAGGAGGCAAACCCAAGAAAGGGAAAAAGGGCAAACAAGUCAUCUGUCCCUCUCAGUUAUCAGCAGAAGAUCUAGACAGAGUCCCCGGCAACUCCACGAGCAACAUUUUAAAUCGUCUGCUGAUGACCUACGAUUCACGAAUACGACCGAACUUCAAAGGUAUCCCAGUGGAGGAUAAGGUGAACAUCUUCAUCAACAGCUUUGGCUCGAUCCAGGAGACCACAAUGGAUUACCGUAUAAAUAUAUUUCUACGUCAGCGCUGGAAUGACCCGCGUUUGCGGUUACCCGCAGAUUUUAAGUCGGAUGCAUUGACUGUUGAUCCGAAAAUGUUCCAGUGCCUUUGGAAGCCAGAUCUGUUUUUUGCCAAUGAAAAAAAUGCAAAUUUUCACGAUGUUACCCAGGACAACAUACUUCUCUUCAUCUUCCGUAAUGGAGACGUCCUCAUUAGCAUGAGAUUGUCCGUCACUCUAUCUUGCCCUCUGGAUCUAACGCUUUUUCCUAUGGACACACAACUCUGCAAGAUACAAUUAGAGAGCUUUGGCUACACCACAAAGGACCUGAUGUUUAUGUGGCAGUCCGGGGACCCAGUUCAGAUGGACGAAAUUGCUUUGCCGCAAUUUGAUGUGAAGCAAGAGGACAUUACAUACGGAAACUGCACCAAAUUCUACCCGGGAACAGGUUAUUACACAUGUGUAGAAGUAAUCUUCACUCUGAGGAGGCAGGUUGGAUUUUAUAUGAUGGGUGUCUAUGCUCCCACUCUUCUCAUUGUCGUCCUGUCAUGGCUUUCCUUUUGGAUCAACCCUGACGCCAGUGCGGCCCGUGUGCCCUUAGGUAUUUUAUCUGUUCUGUCGCUCUCAUCUGAGAGUAUGUCUUUAGCAUCCGAGCUUCCUAAGGUCUCCUACGUGAAGGCCAUUGAUAUCUGGAUGAUUGCCUGUUUGCUCUAUGGUUUUGCCUCGCUUGUGGAGUAUGCUGUGGUCCAGGUAAUGCUGAACAGUCCCAGGAGAAUCGAGGCAGAGAAGGCAAAGAUGGCCCAGAAAGAUAAAGCAAGAGAGAAAGAGAACAAGACACCAGCCAAAACUAACAGUGCCAAUGGAACGGGAGGGACCCCAAUACAUGUCAGCACACUACAGGUUGUGGAAAACCGCUGUAAGAAGGUGUGUACUUCUAAAUCCGAUCUGCGCUCAAAUGAUUUUAGCAUUGUUGGUUCUCUACCCCGUGAUUUCGAACUCUCCAAUUUCGACUGUUACGGGAAACCCAUAGAGGUAACAAACGCUGCUGGCAAAUCCCUGAACAAGAACAAUAAGAAGCCAGCACCUCCGAAACCCGUCAUUCCUUCUGCGGCUAAACGCGUUGACCUUUAUGCACGCGCUCUGUUCCCUUUCACUUUUCUCUUCUUCAAUGUCAUUUACUGGUCUGUUUAUCUGUAAACAGGAGACACACAAAGUGUGUAUGUUUGUGUGGGUGUGUGUCGGCGUGCUUAUAUGUUAAUGAGGGAAUGUAACAUGAUCAAGCAUGAAAAGUGUAAAAAUAUCAUCUUUUACAUUGUCUGGUGUCUUGUUAUGAUCAGUUAAAGAGCACCUAUUUCAUUGGUAAAAACAGUUAUUUUGUGUAUUUGGUAUAAUUUAUUUUCCACAUACCGUACAUUUUUUCUAGCUCCAGAUUUCCCUGUCUUCCUAAAAUGCACAGAUUUUGUAUAAAACUGUCCUUGAUUGGCCAGCUAAUCUGUACAUUGUGAUUGGCCUGAAUACCUCUGACGUCAGCCGGAAAUGUGACGCUCCUUAACAUGUUUGAAAGAUUUGCUCACAAUGCAGUGCUAACAGGAGUUAACUUUGUGAGUCCAAGCGGGAGGAAUUAUGAUAAUGUCGGUCUUCUCUACAUCAUAAAUCCCAGGAAGUAAACUGUUGCCUACAAUCCGUGUGUUUGUUGUAGUCCAAGAAAAGAGAUUUACGUUGGAGAUGAUAACUCGCGUCAUUGUUUACUUUGGGGUUUGUACCUUUUGCAUAUCGUUAACAUGUACUAAUACACACUUACACACCAAAGGAAAUGUGAAUCGGACCAUUGGUGCUCUUUAAAUAGUAUCUCUACCUUUGCUACGCUUAUUUGUCUUUUACUUCCUCACUACAUAGCUUUUUGAACUGUGUAGCUUUAACAAGACAGCAUGAGUUUUACCGACUGUGCGUCCUUAGCCACGGUAUCUCCAAACCUCUAGAUCCAUCUCAUGAUGCCCUGUGCCAACACAUGCCUAAAUGUGAAUUGUUUAUGAAGCCAUGCAAAAAUGUGUAAUGUGCUUACUGAAUUAAAUACUGUAUCAGAUUUGGACACAGGCUGGUGUGUAUUCAGAAAUGUAUUUCUCUGUAAUGAGAAGAUGUAACUGCUAUAAUAGAGCCAUAUAAUAAAGAUCCUUCAUAAGCUACA